AUGCCGUCCUCGGCACGCAGACUCUGCCUCCGGGUGAUACCUGUGGAUUUGUCCGUUGUUGUGGAAAUACUCAAGGCCCUUCAGUACUUCCCUAAGUGCUGUGGCGAUAACUGCCUCGUCAAACACUCCGUGCCUGCAGCCUCAGGCACAGAUAUGCUGUCGUGGCACUGUGUCCAGCAGGAAGCCGAACGGGCGCAAGCCCAAGACCGCAAACCCGGCUUCGGCCACAACAGCAUAACUACACCCACUGUGAAACAAAGACAGAUUAGAAUGUUAUCUGCCACCCCGAGUGCGGCUGGGGUGGCGGAUCUUCAGGUGAUCCUUAUUUCCUAUGAAUUCAACACCAGGAAGUUUUCAAUGGUCAUCACCAGACGCAGCGUCCUACCACAGCUUCAACAGCAGGCAGCACUCGGACACUGCCGACAACUAGUCCCCUUAGUGUGUGUGCUGGGAGGACCUGAGCCACCUCCACCCCACCCUGCCCUGACACACUGGAUCCCCACCAAACCUCUCCCUGCCCCUCCCUGUGGGGGAGGAGGAGGUCUGCGCCCCGCCCGCCCCGGCCCAAUCACCUUCAGGCUUGGGGCAAAGGGUGCGCUGCGGCUGCCCCGCCCUGACCUGAAGGGCUUCCUGCCACAGGAGGAGGAGGAGGAGGAGGAAGAGGCGCGGGUGCCCCCCCGGGGGACACGACAGCGGCUACGACGAGCCCUCCGUCCUGCACCCCCCGGCCCCCGAGCCCCGCCCCACCCACCAUCAGCCACACCAGUCCCUACCACAGCCUCUGUCCCCCGCCCCACACCAGGAGCGACUCAGAGCUGCCCUCCGCUGCGCCCCCUGCUCCCCCUAAAGCAGCAGCAGCAGCAGCAACAGCCACAGCAGGUGUACAGCUGGCCCUACCCUCCACAACCACAGCAGUUCCAGUACCCUUAUGAUGCAGCUGAGGGGACUGACACUGCCACCACCACCACCACCACUGCCACCACCGCCACAACAAGGGUUAUUCAGGUGUUGCCCCAAUAUGCUUCAACCCCACAGCCCCACUCCCCCAUGACAGUGCAGGCAGGGAAUGUCAUACAGGCUACCACCACCAUGACCACCAUGACCACCACCACCACCAUGACCACCGCCACCACCACCACCACCACCACCACCACCACCACCACCACCACAGCACUCAGCGUGGCACAGAAGGAACAGAGCCAGGCGGAAAACAAGGACUAAGAUCCACUGCCACUUCCAAAUAAGGCUACCACCACCAUGACCACCAUGACCACCACCACCACCACCACCACCACCACCACCACCACCACAGCACUCAGCGUGGCACAGAAGGAACAGAGCCAGGCGGAAAACAAGGACUAAGAUCCACUGCCACUUCCAA